UGCUGGCCAGGUGAUGUCCCAUGGCAGGAGGUGACUGAUGGUGCCUGUCCUUCCCUUUCAGCUUGGAAACCAUUGAGGAUGUGUGACCCCAACCAAAACCCACCACAACCGUACCUUGCAGUAUGCCCUCCCGCCCCUCCAGGAUACCCUGGUCCUGGCACAGGCUCCUACCCUGGUGGCAUUGCAGUUUGCCCUGCUGCCCCUCCAGGACACCCCAGUCCUAGCACAGGUCCCUACCCUGGCAGUGUGGCAGUCUGCCCCCCACACCCUCCUCCACCUGGCCAGCACCCCCAUGGGCACCCCCCGUUGGGGCAUCACCCCCACGGGCACCAGGAGCACCAUAAGAAGCACCAUAAGAAGCACCAUAAGAAGAAGCACUGCAAGCACCAUGAAGGCAAGCCCUCUGGUGGCUCGUGCAGCUCAAGCAGCUCAAGCAGCAGCUCUGACUCUGACUAAAGGUCUGUCAUGUCCCACCUGCUCUGUGGUGAUCAGCAAAACAUGAGGUCAAACUCCUCGUGGGAACCCCCUGCAUGUCACUCCCCUCCCCCACCCUUUCCCUUGGAGCAGUGUUUUGUCUGCUGAGUGAUUUUUCUUGUGUGUAAGAGAUUGUAAAUCCUUUGACCUGGAAUCUCCGAGUCAAUGGACAACAUUUCCACCCUCUGUCUUUUGGGAGAGCCUGCUGAAAGUCAUCAUAUGCUGUUUUCCAA